GUCUCCCGCAAUCACAUGGAGUUCUAUUCCAUCCUCUUCGAGGAUGGCUGUGACCGCUUGGUCUAUGUUCGAGACCGCCAGUCCGACAACGGUACAUUUGUCAAUGGCAUUCGCAUUGGCCGACCAGACAAGGUCGAGCCAGGCAGACUCCUCGAGCACGGUGACACGGUGACCAUGAAGCCUUACCUGUCCUUCAAAGUCAAGCUUCCCUUCCAGAAGAGAGUUGAGAUGACGCCGAUUCAAAAGGAAGAGGUCAAGCUGUUCGAUGGAAAAUACAAAGUCACCGACAUCAUUCUCGGCCAGGGUGCCUCUGCUGAAGUCCGCCUUGCCUACGAUAUGAAGACUGGAAAGCAGGUUGCCUGCAAGAUCUACGACCUACAGAGCGACUUGGGCAAUGGUGCCAGUAGUUUCGUCAGGAAGACAAUGCGCUCGAUCACCAUGAUGAGCCAAAUUGAUCACCCCAACAUCGCAUCUUUCAAAUGCGCCUACAAGAGCGUCCACACACUGUAUGUCUUUGAGGAGCUUGCGUCUGGUGGAGACCUCUUCUCCCUGACUAGCCUUUACAAACGCUUCAUGGAGCUCGAAGUCAGAUGGAUGAUCCGUCAAGUUCUCGAAGGCCUCGACUACCUGCACGCCAAAGGUGUUGCCCAUCGGGACCUCAAGCCCGAGAACGUUCUCUGCAUGGUCUCCUCCAAGCCAGCACACAGGCUCGCCCUUACAGACUUUGGUGACGCCGGAUCGAUGAAACAGGGCCCACUGAUGGAUUUCGUUGGAACCAGAGGUUUCCAGGCCCCUGAGAUGUUUCAACCAACCGGUGCACACGACACUGCCAUCGACAUGUGGGCUCUGGGCAUCAUGACCGCGCAGCUCCUCGCCGGCUCUGGUAGAGUCUCCGUCCUCGAUGACCUCGAGCAUCUCCUGCCUGAGAACCCGUUGAUCGAGUCUCUGAACUUUAAGGCUAUGUUCGACGAGAUCAAGACCAUGCGAGGCGACGCUAUCUCAGCAUGCGGCCAAGACUUCAUACGUCUAUGUUUCGAGACGGACCCAAAGGAGAGGCUCACCGCUUCGGAUGCCUUGAAGCAUCCCUGGAUCAACGAACCUCGCAACAUCCGUACGCUGUUCGAAUCACGUGCGCAGCAGACUCGUCAGGGCUGGAACCACCGCCAGUGCCACGUCGAUUUGAUUCGAGAUCUUCCAAAUGUGCUUAUCCCCGUGACGGAGCACAAGGAG